GUGUGCGGGGGGGACGGGGACGGAGGAAAGCAGCAUAAAGUAGACUGGACCAAUUUGGGGCCGACGUGAGCUUCUCGUUGUUCUCCGCAUUUCUCGGCACACAAACUUAAUGGAGAAUGUCGCGAAACAAACUUCCUGCGUGUCGUCGUACGACUUUUUGGGGGGUCACGUUUUAAUCCCUGCUCAAGCGUCUGAAAUGAACCGCACCUGACUGUACUUUUUCUCCCGUUUUUGUUUUUGAAUCAGCAUCCUGCAUCACCGUGGCAACCGGCCUUCGUCGCCGCCGUCCUCAUCCUCUCGGCAGCAUCAACUCGGCACGUGCGCCGCUUUAAAUUUGGCGCUUCCGGAUGCCAAUUUAGAAUUGCGGAAAGGUCGCACAUGUUGCCGUCGCUGUCAAGAUGCCCGUGAGACGCGGUCACGUCGCCCUCCAGAACACUUAUCUUGACACCAUCAUCAGGAAAUUCGACGAGCAAAAUCGCAAGUUCGUGAUCGCCAACGCCCAGAUGAAGAACUGCGGCAUCAUCUUCUGCAAUGAGGCCUUCUGCCAGAUGUUCGGCUUCACGCGGGCCGAGAUCAUGCAGCAGCCGUGCACCUGCCAGUUCCUGGUGGGGCCCGGCACCCUGAAGAGUGCCCUGGCGCAGCUCGCUCAGGCCCUGCUCGGCUCCGAGGAGCGCAAGGUGGAGAUCCUUUACUACGCCAAGGAAGGCACGUGCAGGCCCUGCAUGGUGGACAUCGUUCCGGUGAAGAGCGAGGAAGGCGCCGUCAUCAUGUUCAUCCUGGACUUCCAGGAACUUGUUGACCCCACGCUCAAGAAGUCUGGACUGAGGCAGCGAGUCAGUCAAGGCUGGCUCUACUGUAAGAAUCGCAGGUUGAAGAUGCGACUGCCCAUGUUGCGCUCCAUGCGCCGGCACUCGCUCUCCAAAGAUCAGUUUGAGGGUGUGGUGGUGGACUACCUGCAGCCCAACAGUGAGGAAGUCCCCCUGAAGGAUUUCCGCAUCCCGUCCAAGGAGAGCUGCAUGCAGUCUGAGACGGAGGCCCUCAUAGAGCAAGACCUGGAUCCUCCGUCCCCCUGCGCCAAGCCCUCCGCCAAGCGGCGCUCCCUGCUGACGGACCGGCUCGACCCCGGCCACCCGCUACCCCGCGGGACCUUAGCCCGGACCGGCUCGCGGGAAAGCGUCCGGAGCCUGCGACGCGCCUCCUCCCUGGACGACAUCGACGGGAUGAAAGCGGAGCGGAACGCUCGGCCGGGAGAAACCCGGACCGACAGCAAUCUGAAGCCGAGCGGCGGCAACUCCACCUCGGACUCGGACCUGAUGAGGCACCGGGCCAUCGGGCGCAUCCCGCAGGUGACGCUCACCUUCGGCUCGGACCGCGUGCGGCCGCCGUCGCCCGGCGAGAUCGAGAUCAUCGCGCCCAGCAAAGUCAAAGACAGAACACAGAACGUCACGGAGAAGGUGACUCAGGUCACGCAGGUGCUGUCGCUGGGCGCCGACGUGCUUCCCGAGUACAAGCUGCAGGCGCCGCGCAUCCACCGCUGGACCAUCCUGCACUACAGCCCCUUCAAGGCCAUGUGGGACUGGCUCAUCCUGCUGCUGGUCAUCUACACGGCCAUCUUCACGCCCUACUCGGCCGCCUUCCUCCUCAACGAGGUGGAGGAGGACCGCCGGCGGACGUGCGGCUACACGUGCAACCCGCUCAACGUGGUGGACCUGGUGGUGGACGUCAUGUUCAUCGUGGACAUCCUCAUCAACUUCCGGACCACGUAUGUCAACCGCAACGACGAGGUGGUCAGCAACCCGAGCCGCAUCGCCCAGCACUACUUCAAGGGCUGGUUCCUGAUCGACAUCGUGGCGGCAAUACCCUUCGACCUGCUCAUCUUCCGCUCCGGUUCGGAGGAGCUGCUGCCCUACUCGACCGCAAUAACAAGACGGCGCCUCUCGCCCCAGCCGCAGACGACCACGCUGAUCGGCCUGCUGAAGACGGCGCGUCUGCUGCGUUUGGUGCGCGUGGCCCGCAAACUGGACCGCUACUCGGAGUACGGCGCUGCCGUACUCUUCCUCCUCAUGUGCACCUUCGCCCUGAUCGCCCACUGGCUGGCGUGCAUUUGGUACGCCAUCGGCAACGUGGAGCGCACCAGCACGGCGCGGGUGGGCGUCAUGAAGAUCGGCUGGCUGGACAACCUGGCCGAGCAGAUCGGCAAGCAGUACAACGACAGCGACGCGGCGUCGGGGCCGUCCAUCAAGGACAAGUACGUGACGGCGCUCUACUUCACCUUCAGCAGCCUCACCAGCGUCGGCUUCGGAAACGUGUCGCCCAACACCAACCCCGAGAAGAUCUUCUCCAUCUGCGUCAUGCUCAUCGGCUCUUUGAUGUACGCCAGCAUCUUUGGCAACGUGUCGGCCAUCAUCCAGAGGCUGUACUCGGGCACGGCGCGCUACCACACGCAGAUGCUGCGCGUCAAAGAGUUCAUCCGCUUCCACCAGAUCCCGGGCGGCCUGCGGCAGCGCCUCGAGGAGUACUUCCAGCACGCCUGGUCCUACACCAACGGCAUCGACAUGAACGCCGUGCUGAAAGGCUUCCCCGAGUGCCUGCAGGCCGACAUCUGCCUGCACCUGAACCGCACGCUGAUGCAGCAGUGCAAAGCCUUCCGCGGCGCCAACAAAGGGUGCCUGCGGGCCCUGGCGGUCCGCUUCAAGACCACCCACGCCCCGCCCGGCGACACCCUGGUGCACAGCGGCGACAUUCUCACCGCCCUCUAUUUCAUCUCCAGUGGCUCCAUCGAGAUUCUCCGCGAUGACAUGGUGGUGGCCAUAUUGGGAAAGAACGACAUCUUCGGCGAGUCCGUCAGCAUGUACGGCCGGCCAGGCAAGUCCAGCGCCGACGUCCGGGCGCUGACGUACUGCGACCUCCACAAGAUCCAGAGGGACGACCUGAUGGAGGUUCUGGACAUGUACCCGGACUUCGCCGACACCUUCUGGCACAACCUGGAGGUCACCUUCAACCUGAGAGAUGCAGAUCGGGUAAACCAGCCAAGCCCGAGCAAGGAGUCCGAAUGCGGCUACCGUCGCACCAGGCGCCGCAGAAGCUCCCCGCGACGCCGCAACCGACCCGAUGGCACGGACCGGGAGGACGCCCACCCGGAGCAGUCUUGCCCGAUGGCCGGCCGUCACAGGGUCGCAACGUCGCGCUGGGACCAGCAGUGCGGCAGCGACACUUUUUCGUCCGAGUCCAGCGACGAGGAGAUAAAACGCGGGAGACGUAGCAGCAAAGGGGAGCUCUUCCCCUCGGCGGGCGGGGACGCCAGAGACUUCCCCCCGGCUGUUAUCAGGCUCCUGCCGCACGGCCGACCCUCCCCCGGGAUGGCCGAGCCCGUAGACCUCGCCGGGCCACCAUACUCAGCAGCGGUUCCGGUCAGCAUGCCGGGCCUUUACGGCUACUGGCCGGAGCGCCGGGGCAGCCAGUUCCCAGAAGCCCAGCGGCGCUCGUCGUGCGCGGCCAGGACCGCCGGCUUCCAGACCGGCCCCUGUCCCGAGGACCGGCCGAGCGAGCUGGGAUCCAGACUGGAAGUGCUGCAGUCUCAGUUAAACCGGCUGGAGAGCCGAAUGACGGCGGACAUCACCGUCAUCCUGCAGCUCCUUCAGCGGCAGAUGGCGCCGGUGCCCCCCGCCUACAGUGCCGUGUCGCCCGGCCCCCUGCCGCCCCCCGCUGCCGCCGCCGCCCUCUAUGGCACCUCGGCGCCGCCCGUCCUCCGCGCCGCAUCGUUGCUGCAGAGUCCAGAGUCCGAGUCCAAGUCCAAGGACUCGGUGUCCAGCGGGAUCCAGUUGACGGCCGCCUCCGACGACAGCGUUUCCCUGACGCCGCCGCAGCCCGAGGCCCUGGGCCCUCUCGGCCCCCUGGGCGCCGCCCAGCGCUUCCCGUCGCUCCCCGGGCACCUGGAGGUCUCUUCGAUAGCGCCGGAGAUCCAGAGGCACGUCUCGGACCCCGUCCUGCCGGGGGGGCCCGGGAGCUAGAAGCGUGGCCCUUACGCACGUUCCAAACUUGAAAUGUCCGCCAUCUUGACCUGGUUCCUUUUCGCCUCACUGGACUGAAGGUGCGGGGAGGGGGCAGGGGGGCGUCUUCCAGACUUCCCAGCGACCAAUCCCACUGCCGUGACGCACUUUGCCCCUCCCCCCCGCGUACACACACAAUCGCACGCACAAACAAACAGACAAAAAACAACAACAAUGUUUUGAAAAAAUGUUGACAUGAAAAAAGCGAUGCAGUGCCGUGCGUCGGCAUCCAUCUUUUUCCCAUACUGCUUAUCCUCACUAGGCCAUCCCAGCUGUCCUCGGGUGAGAGGCGGUAACACCCUCAACCGGUCGCCAGCCAAUUGCAGGUCACGUAGACACAGACGACAGAAAACCCACCCAGGCACAGGGAGAACAUGCAAGCUCAACACAGGCGGGGCUGGGAUUUGAACCCUGGUCCUCAGAACUGUGAGGCAUUGCAUGAACAUGUUUUGCACAUUUUUUUUUAUUUUACAAAGGAGUAUCUCCACCACACUCAAAGGAUAAAUACAUAAUUACACUGCAACAAUACUAAAUCACAGUUUUGAUGCACAUGAUCAUGAUAUAGAAAGUUGCUUUCCCAAUCAUAAUAAGACUUUUUCUCACAAAUAAAUGUGAUGUUUUUUAAAAAAUGACUUUUUCCACAAAAAUACGCCUUUAUCCUGAAAAUAGGACUUUUUUUUAGGAAAAAAUCCAAUUCUUUUGUCUGAAAUAUCUUUUUUCCCCUCUCCACAGUACAACUUUUAAAAAAUGGCCUCUCAAAAAAUACAAAAUAUUUUCUUGAAAAAUACACCCAAAAAAAGCCUUCAAUUUUUGAUUACUUUAAAAAGAAAAACAUUUUCUUCAAUAUAUACAUUUUUUAAUUUUCUUCAAAUAUACUACAUAUUCCUUGUGGGGGCGGGGGACUUUCUCAAAAAUACAAAAUUUUUGUAAUUUUGUAUAACAAUUAACUUAAAAAAAACUACUUUAUUCACACACAAAUGAAUCAAUACUACUUUUUUCUCCCCCCUCCAAACAAGUACUUAUUUCUUCAAUUAAAACGUUUUUCCUUUAAAUUUUCAAACCCAUUCCUUAUAAAAAAAAAUGUGAUAUAGACUUUGUAUUUUUCAAGAAAAAAAGGGAAAAAAACCAUUUUCAUUUCUCACUUUUAUCCAGAAAAGACCAUCUUUGAAAAAAAAACCUCCUUUCUAGACAAAUGUAUUCUUUGUAGAGGAACGCUGUAGUGAACGUCAAGCAGUGACGUCAUGACUUUCAUCUCAUAUUCUCAUUUAGUUUUGCUGUAAAAUCCCCAAUUUUAUGUUGAAUUCGGAGCAGAUAUGAAGUUUCGUUCGUCCGCUGGACUGCGAAAACGCCAAAUGUUCCUGCAAUUGAGAACGAAGACAAUGCAAAACUUAACACAAGCAAGUGAACGUACGACGAACUUUUCAAUAAAUGCCUUGAG